CUAAAUCGAUAAAACUAGGUCAUUUUUUUCCGUGGGGGUUUCACAACCGCGGGAACUUUUAGAAGUGUUUAGAAAUGUUAGGAAUUUUAGCAGGAUAAAUGUACUUUAGUCCUUGGGAACACAACAUUUCUUGUUUCCAGUUUUCUCUUGAUUGCUAAACGAAAAGCUGGUGCGGUUUGUUGCUGUUUACCACACAGGUUCGUUGACACUGCGGACAUUGAACUCAGUAAACAACAACACCAGGAGGCGUGUCCAGGUUAGGUGCUCACAUUACGGGCAUGUGAUCCGUACCAGAGAUCAGAGUCUUCCUUAGUUUGUGCGGCGCCAACAUGAAGAAGACUGUCGCUCUGCUGUGUGUGACACUGGUGGCAGUGUGGGGGUGUCAGCCUCCUGACUGUGACAGGAAAGACUGUGGCACAUGUGGAAAUGCCUGCUGCUCUCUGACGUUUCACUUUGAUGGAGUCACCAGUGAAUCUGCCUAUAACAAGAUCACGACCAGCCUCCAGAAUGGUGGCGCUGAUGAGAGGUACAGAUACAUUGGAGGUGUGGACAUGAGGACCUACAAUAACACAGCAUCCUUCAUACUUCAGGGUGUUCAUAUGACAUAUGUGCAUCGUUACAACGACACCCUGAACUUUGUCCUGACGGAUGACAUGAAACCGUCCAUCCACCCCCUGGGCACCACUCUCCAUGCCUUCUCCAUCUCUCAGAUUGCAGGGGCGUACUGUGAUGACGGGCAGAACUACAAGAACCUGGUGAGAUUCGUCAAGGGCCUGAAUAUGAAAUACACUGAGACCACGGUUGCUGGCUGUCCCAAACCGACGUAGAACAGAUACACGGCACCACACGGGAAAAAUCUGUAGGUUCGUCAUUCCCAGACAAGGCUUCAAAACAUCCUUACUGCAAUGAUUAACAGGCUACAGUCAUAUUAAUUUGGGACAUCUCUUGAAAAAUAGAUGGGAAAUCAUGUUAAAGCCAAAUGUUUGGUCCAAGAAUUUUGUCAUCACUAUAAAAGCAAUGGCACGUACAAUAUAAUUUUGAUACUUAUAGCCUAAUCUUUAAUAUGACAUGUAUUAGGAGAACAUGACAUGUACUUUGAUAUGUAGAGUGCUACAGUUAUACUGUAGUAUGUGAGUGAUUACAUAAUAUGAAAAGAAGUGUGUCUUUUGUAAGAAUGUCAUUAUUACAGUCUUUUUGCUGUCAAAUUG